AUGCGAAGAUGUGCGGUCAGGCGCCAUGGUCGGCUAAAGUUCCCCUUGGGCGCCAGCUUUCUGACGUUGGGACACGACCUACAUGCGAUUGUGCCCAGCAAUGAAUUGUACUACGACCCACCCAAGCUGCGGCACCGCCUUGACAUGGAUGGCUACCUGUAUUUCAAGAACGUUAUUCCCCGCCCCGUCCUCGACGCGGCGAUUGAUGACUUGGGAAAUCAAAUGCUACGGUGUGGCUGGACGCGUGCAGAAGACCGGGCGGAGCAGGUGUCACGUGACGGCGUCACCCUUGGUGUGCCUUUCCCGUCCACCGGGAAGCUGCCGCCGCCGCAGAUCAAGUACACUGACGCCCUGCGUUCCGCGGUGAGCGGAACAAGUGUAAUGGCCCUCGUGCGGCAGGUCUUUGGAGAUGCCGUAAAGGUCGCAGACGUGCAGUCCCUGCACCUCGCCGCCCCACAGGAGACAUUCGGCCUUCGCAUGUCAAGCGUGUACUUGAACAAGGGGACAAAGUUGGCCCUUGUGGCGCUCGUCCCCCUGCAUGACAUUCCGUUUCAGAUGGGUACGCCUGUAGUGGUGAAGGGCAGCAACUCCACUGAGUCGUACGCGGCGCUGCGACGCACGUACGGCCAGCAUGAGGUGGAGCACGAUAAUAUUCGGGGCGAUGGAUGCUACACGCACGACCCCCAGGAGCUGCUGCCGUUGGGAAAACAAGCGGGCAUCGAUGAGGUGACAGGUCGCCCCAUAACGAUUGACGUGAAUCCUUUUGUGUCCACGGCGUUUGAGGUGGGUGACGUGCUCCUGCUGACUGUGUACACCAUGUACGCCUUUCUCACGAACACCACGAACGCCUGGCGCAUCAUGGCCGAGGCAGUCUGGACGAUGGAGGGGGACGACAUCGGCCCCGACCCCCGCUACGUCGGCGCGGACGCCCCCGGCCUCAGCAACUGGUACGCCGACCGCGACGACCCGGCGAAAUACCCACGAACGAUGGAUGAGGCAAAGCGGGACUGGGGGCUGCUGCCGACAGUCCCUCCUGAGGCCUAG